AUUCAAAUGAGUGCGCUGUACCAAGUUUUAUCUUGUUCUUGUCUCGUCAGUUUCUCCCAGACUGAAACGAAGUUUUCAAUAUUAUAACGUUUACUUUUUCACAAAAUAUGUGAAAUAUUAUUGUACCGAUGAAAUGAUAAGUCUCUAAGAAUCUGAGUCUAGGCGAUAUUCAUAUACCCUUCGUUCGCUAGCAAAAAAAUAUGAUGAAUUUUACUGGCAUUUCUUAAAACAUCGGAAACUUAAGCUUUUUCAAUGAAUUUAUCAUCAAUUUUGAUAACCUUCUUAGCAUGCCUGUUUACUCUUGGAUUUUCUAUGCCUUCUUAUGAUUAUGUUUCUUCUGUUGUGGAAACAGAAUUCAUCAUCAGUUAUUAUGAACAUUCCCGUGCACAAUCUCGUCAUCGUUUUCUGAAAUCCAUACUCAAUUCCUUUCCAUUGAAUUAUUCCAUAAUGGAGAGAUGGUAUCCACCAUCUAAUGCGAUAGAGAAAAAAAGUGAUUUUGAUGUAAUCAAGACAUUAAAUCUCAGUCGUAUGGAUGUAUCAAUUUUUAUCCAAUACUUAUCUAAUAUCAGUCAAAUAAAAUCGGUUUCACCACAAAAACAAAUAAAUCGUGUUCUUCUAAACUAUGAUAUAAAUGAUGAGGAAUUUCCGUACAAUUCUAGUCGCUUAGAUUCAAGACGAAAUUUAAAAUUGUUUGGCGAUUCACAGAGAUAUUCUUCUCCUGGAACUUUACCAUUAGAUCCGUUAAAACAGCCAUGGAAACUGUUACAAGCGGAAUAUGCUUGGUCUCGCGGUCUGUGCGGUAAUGGUGUUCGUGUGGGCAUAUUCGAUACAGGAUUGGCAUCAUCUGAUCACAAACACUUUUUAUUAAGUAAUAUUAUUGAAAGAACUGAUUGGACAGUAGAUAUAACUAAUAGAUCUUAUUCUGAUGAUUAUAUUGAAGCUUUAGAUCGACAUGGUCAUGGAACAUAUGUCACAGGUUUAAUUGCUGCUCAAAAUCCUAAUUUACAUUACUCAAAAUUUAUUAAUUCUUUUAAUAAACAUGACGAUUCUACAUGUCCACCUUGGGGAUUUGCACCACGUGCAGAUUUAUUCAUAUUUCGUGUAUUCACUGAUACACAAAUAUCUUACACAUCAUGGUUUUUAGAUGCAUUCAAUUAUGCGAUUAGUCGAAAAUUGCAUGUUAUCAAUCUUAGUAUUGGUGGACCAGAUUUUUUAGAUAAACCUUUUGUUGACAAGGUUUUAGAAUUAUCUGCAAAUGGAAUACUAUUAGUUUCUGCUAUCGGGAAUGAUGGCCCUUUAUUUGGAACAUUAAGUAAUCCAGCUGAUCAAAUGGAUGUCUUAGGUGUUGGCGGUGUAGAUGCUUUGGGUCGCGUUGCACGAUUUUCUUCACGUGGGAUGACUGGUUGGGAACUUCCAGCUGGUUAUGGACGUGUAAAACCGGAUAUUGUUACUUUUUCGACUGGUGUUAUCAGUUCUAAUCUAGACGGAAAAUGUCGUGUAUUGUCAGGAACUAGCGUAGCAUCUCCGAUUGUAACAGGAGUUGUUAGUUUAUUAAUUAAUGCUGCUUUAAAUCAUAAUGCCAACUUAAUUAAUUACGAAAAUGGUAGUCUACAUUAUAUGAAUAAUAUAGAUAACUAUCCAUUUGUACCUGUUAAUCCAAUAAGUAUUAAACAAGCUUUAAUAGCCAGUGCAAAUCAAUUGGAUUCAGUACGUGUAUUUGGUACAAAUUCAAUAAAAUGGUUACAAGAAACUGAUCAAAGUAGUAUGUUUGAACAAGGUGCUGGUUUGGUAAAUCUUCAGUCGGCCCUAGAGAUUGUACAGCGUAUGAAACCUCAGGCAAGUCUAAUGCCUAGUUAUUUGGAUUUAACUCAAUGUCCAUAUAUGUGGCCCUAUUGUUCUCAACCAUUGUACUCUACCAUGCAACCAAUUAUCAUCAAUGUAACAAUUUUAAAUUCUAUGGAUGUUGUUGGUCGUAUAGCGAAACCGCCUAUUUAUCAUCCAUACAUUAAUUAUAAUGGACAUCGUUUACAUGUUGGCAUUUCAUAUUCUCAAUAUCUUUGGCCAUGGGUUGGAUAUUUAGCUGUUUAUCUAAGUGUAACACCUGAUUCUAUUGACGAUAUUAUACCAUCUUCACGUUUCUCUGGUGUUGCUGAAGGUUAUAUCAGUCUUGUUGUGGAAUCUUAUGAUAAUAUUCGAAAUCUAUCUUUAAGCACAAAUCUACGAUUACCAAUUAAAGCAAACAUUGUACCUAUUCCACAUCGAUCAAAACGAAUUCUCUUUGAUCAAUUUCAUAGUAUUCAUUAUCCAUCUGGUUUUAUUCCUCAAGAUGAUUUGACUCGAUCAAAGGAACCAUUAGACUGGUUAGGAGAUCAUAUUCACACAAAUUUUCUCGAUUUAUACACACAUUUACGUAGAAAAAGUUAUUUCAUUGAAGUAUUAACUUCUACAUUUGACUGUUUCAAUGCGUCUAAUUAUGGUACAUUCCUUAUAAUUGAUCCAGAAGAAGAAUUCUUUCCAUAUGAAGCGGAAAAAUUAUUUAUAGAUGUUACAGAAAAGGGAUUAUCAUUAAUUGUUUUCGCUGAUUGGUAUAAUACUAGUGUUAUGCAAAGUUUACGCUUUUAUGACACUAAUACUAGACGUUUAUGGACUCCAGACACUGGCGGAUCUAACCUACCUGCUUUGAAUGAAUUACUUCGACCAUUUAACAUUGAAUUCGGUGAUUCUGUUUUCUCUGGAAAUUACGUAAUAGGACAUCGGACUGUUGCAUAUCAUUCAGGUAGCAGUUUAAGAAAAUUUCCUAAUCAAGUUAUCGCUAAUCAUACUGGUCGAACUGUACUAUUAAAAGUUAAUCUGGUCGAUAUUGGGGAUCAGUUUAUUCAACACGAUUCCAUGUUUUCAAAUUCAGAAUCAAAAACAUCAUUGGAAGUGGAUAAAAUUCUUGUUGAUUCUGAACCUAAUUUACGUUUAAAACCAAUAAUUGAUAAAGAUCCGACACCAACUAUACUUGGUCUAUGGACUCCUAUCGUUGAAAAUGUAGUUAGUGAAGUGGGACGUUUGUCAAUUUAUGGAGAUUCGGAUUGUUUAAGUUCUACGCAUUUAAGUUCAAAUUGCUUUUGGCUGUUAGAUGCAUUACUUCAAUUCUCAACCAGUAGUAUGGGACGAGUCCCACGAAUUUUAAUUGAACAAAUGUUUACACCGAAUACCGAUGUCUGGUUUGAUUCUUCACUGACAGCGCCUUUACGUGCAAAAAGUUUGUUCAAUUUACCUUUUCUAAUAUAUGUUUUUUUUCGUAUUUGGAAGCAACUGACUUAACGUUUUUGUGUGGGUUGGUUAGCUACUGGACCAACUUUAUGAGUAGUUUGGACUGUGAUCGAAUAUUUUGUUGCUUAAGUUCUCUAUAUUGUUUGAAACCCUGCCCUUUAUUUCCUAUAUGAACACCAAUGUAAUGUUAUUCAACUAAUCAAACUGAAGCAUAUUAAACGGCGUUACCCUUGAUUCUUCAUUUAUCUAGAGUUAAAUAUUCUUAUUAGUUAGUUAUUGUUUGCACUAGAGUUUGUUGGUUUGUGUGGUUGUGGAGGUGUGUGGACGUUUCUCACUACCCAGAUUCCGGCAUUCCGGAAAGAAUUUUAUAAAGGUCCAGAAAACAAUUAGAUUGGAAGAAAUCUCAUUAACCUGUGAGCAUUUGGUAGUAGCACAAAAUGAUAUUUUUUAUGGUUGACCCUCCUUGUUAUGCAAAGGCGCUGUAUCUCUCCAAAUGUUGGUCAGCUUAGGGAAACAUCUUACUGACGUCACACUAGUAUAGUCGAUAGUACGGAUUCACCCGUAGACUUUGAUUUAUUGCUCUUAGUGUUAUAGCUCAUUAACUGACCUAUCUCAUAUGACAGAACAAGAAAAGAACAAGUAUUUUAUCCAAAAUAUCAGGAUUUUGUUCACUUCAUUAUGUAAACCUGACCAUCACCUAAUUGUUCUCGUUAACAAUGAAUAUAUCUUCAUUAUAAUCAUGCUUUCAUUUGAUCAGUGUUUAUGUACUUCUGUGUUCUGAUUUUAUUUUACAAGAUUCUCAAUUGAAUCUGUAUAGUAAUGUGAUAAAAAAGGAAUGGAAUUUAUCUACGUUGAAUACUAGUUAUCUACCACUUGAAGCUUAUUAUUAUGUUAAAUCAUGUUAUAUUGCUCCAACAGCUCCCAUAUCGAUAGAUAACGAUGAACCAAAUGAGUAAGUUUGAAUUAUCAUUGUUGUUUCUUUUUAAAGGUUGUAUGAAUUUAUCAACUAUAUCGAGUAGUAUCAACACAAACGCACACAAUGGUUUUUUUUCAAUAAAAACAACGACAUUACUACUAUUAUUGGUUUUAUUCAAUGUUAUAUUUUUGGCAAGAUAGACUUCUAAGCACAAAAUAUUUCAACAAGCCUGCUCUCUUAUUUCGUGUUCAAACCUGACGAUGAAUACUGAGUGCUGUCCAGUUAGAUGUUAGCAGUUCAGCAUUCAACAUCUGAAUAAUGUUCACUCUUUCCAAUGCAUAUUGCCAACCAUCAUAAUAUCUCUGAUUGUUCUGUUCUGUAACUUGUCCCGCGGAAUGUCGUAUACUUCUCAUAAACGCCGCUUAUUUAUAUAUAUCUACAUGGAGGGAAGAGGUAGCGUAGAUAUACUCCAGUAGGCCGUCUACAAUCAUUUUUACCGUAUUCUCAAACACUGGAAGUAUUUCGAAAAGGAUAGGAUAUUUAAUGUUAGAUUUUCGAGAACAGAAUUUCUCUUUGUUGUUGAGAUUUUAAUGUGCCUAUCUAUCAAGUGCAUCAAUAUUGUUUUGAAGAAAUAAUGCAGAUAGUUGACUGGGUUAAAACACUAUUAGUUAGAAGUUAUUCAUUAAUUGUGUUCUCUCUUUUCUAAUAGAAUAUGAUAAGAGAGAAUUGUGUUAACUCUAUUCCAGUCAUGUUCUCUAGUCCUCUUAAGCUUGAAAGAAAUAGACAAGAAUAUUAAGUCAUUUGUUUCAUUUAGUUUCUUCGAUAAUUUUGAAAUCAUUUCAGUUAUACUUUAAUAAACAGACUAGAUAUCGGAUCAUAUAAUGAAUAUUUCUAAUUCCUAGCAGUAUAAAUCACGUUACUCUUGAAAUAAGGCAACAAUGUUGACAAGUACCUUUCAUCAAUGAGUUCUACAAUUCUAACUUUCUAAAAUAAUUUGAACUUUAUAUGAGAUUUUGUAUUUUUCUAUUGUUGAUAUUGUCUCAUGACAUCUAUCUGUAGAUUUUAUUGUUUAGUAUAUGUAACUAGCAGUGAAUUACAAGAUGCACAUUUCGUCCCAUUAGCGACUCGUCAACUCUUGUAUGUAUCUGCAUCGCAGUGUUUAUGUUCACAUUGGGACUUAAAUAUCAACCAUGAAAAAUUACAUAAACUUAAUGACCAUUUCUUCAUACCGUUUUGAACAAGUAAUUAGAUUAAACGAUAACUUAUUUCCUGAUUGAAAUGAUAGCUACUUUGUUGCAGUCUAAAUGGGAAUAUUUAUAUACAUUGAAAUUUAUGUACAUCAAUCCGAUAAGCCGCUAAAUCAGACGAAAAUUACUUCUCGCAUCACUAGAUCUGCUAAACCAGUUAGAACACAGUGGAUCUAUCUAGGAUUUACUGUCAUACGAACAUUGGAUUUGUUUACUGUAAUAUAUUUGACUUACCACAACUUCGUCAUUGCAGUUUUAAUUUUGACUGUUCAAUGUUUAAAUAAAUAAUAAUUUUUCUGUGAAAUUUUCCAGAUCAUUUUAUCAUCCACAGCGCUUAUUGCUCUAUCCAGUAGAAUUAUAUAAUCCAUCGAAAAAAUUAUACACUACUCAUUAUUGUCAUUCAUUUACUUCAAUUCUAUCAUCUGAUAAGAAUUCAUUGUUAAUUAACAAACCGAAAUUAUUAUUACAAUCUAUUAAUGACUUUAUACAACUUGAUUUGUAUAUAUCUUAUAACAUAAAUUUUAUAUGCAUCACUAUACUACUUAUAGUAGUUUGCUAUUUUUGUAAACAUUGUAUCAUGCAUUUCGGUAACAGUGUAUUGUGUGUAACUGGAUGGAUUCUCUGUAUGAUUCGAUAUAUGUUUGUGCGUAUUCUAUUUGGUUUGUAUAAUUUAUGGCGUGCACAUAUCAGUGAUUUUCCAAAAAAAGUAUUCAGAAAAAUAUAUGCUACAAAUAAUUCUACUAGUAAUAGUAGUAGUAGUUCUGCUGAAAUAUCACGAUUGUCACCUUCAAUAGUUCAGAAAGUUAGCCAACAGAACAGAUCUAAUAUACAUAUAUGUGUACAUAGAUGACAAAUGUUCGAUUAGUGUGCGAAUUGCAUAUUUCUGUAUUGAUCGAUUACAGUUUUGUUUAGGUCCAGCGGUUCAAUGUUCCAAUAAUUUCCUUAUAUCUUUUUCUUUUUCACAAAAGUAUAUUAACUUCAUCCACAUAUUAUAUUUAAUCUCAGUUCAUUCGUGUAUCGCUUUAUCUCUUUCAUAUUUUCAUCUGUUUUGUAAAUAGAAAUGUGUUCUGUAC